UUCCCGAUCCCUCUCCACUCCGCUCCGCCGCCACCGUUGGCCUUCCGAUUCGCCCGUUUUCCCCCUCCUUCCUUCCUCAGGAAGAUGCUGGAGAACGGCGACCGCGCCGCCGGUCAUGAACCCGCCCGUCCUCAUCACGAACAGGUCAAGGUUGACCCCGGGAAGCCCGCGCCGCUCACCUGGCGACGCAAGAUAAGCAGCCAGGGCAAUGUACCCGUGGAGUUCACCGUCUCCUUUCGAGACAAAAUCCACUUGGCUCCAAUAGGUUUUCGGCUAUGGCGUCAAAUUCGAGAAGAAGCUGCCAAGGGGAUGGGGACCAUCAUGAAUCCUUUCACAAAGCGCCCUGUGACAUCAACUCAUGCCAUUCCUCUUGGCGGUAUUGGAUCUGGGAGCAUUGGAAGAAGCUAUAGUGGUGAAUUUAUGCGUUGGCAACUAUUCCCCAGAAUAUGUGAGGACAAAGCAGUUUUAGCUAAUCAAUUUUCUGUGUUUGUUUCUCGCCCCAAUAGCGAAAAAUAUUCUACCGUGCUCUGCCCUGGGUCUCCAGCUGAACUCAAAGAGAGCCCCAAUUCAGGAAUUGGAUCCUGGGACUGGAAGCUGAGCGGUAAUAAUUCCACAUAUCAUGCGCUGUAUCCUAGGGCAUGGACUGUAUAUGAGGGUGAACCAGAUCCUGCCCUUAGGAUAGUCUGCCGUCAAAUUUCCCCACUCAUUCCUCAUAAUUACAAGGAGAGCAGUUUUCCCGUGUCUGUUUUUACUUAUACGCUAUAUAAUUCUGGAAAGACUGCUGCAGAUGUCACUUUGCUCUUCACAUGGACUAAUUCUGUGGGAGGGAUGUCUGAAUUUUCUGGUCAUCACUCCAACUCAAAAAUUAUGAUGAAGGAUGGAGUCCAUACUGUACUUCUGCAUCACAAGACUGCAGAUGGUCUUCCCCCUGUAACUUAUGCAAUCGCAGCUCAGGAAACUGAAGACGUUCAUGUCUCAGAGUGCCCUUGCUUCGGAAUAUCCGGUAAUUUUGAGGGUAUCUCAGCCAAUGACAUGUGGAAGGAGAUAAAACAGCAUGGAUCCUUUGACCAUCUUAAUUCCGUGGAUGUGUCGGUUCCAUCAGAACCAGGAUCAUCUAUUGGGGCUGCCAUUGCAGCUUCUGUGACGAUUCCAUCAGGUACAGUGCGUACAGUGAACUUUUCCUUGGCAUGGGACUGCCCAGAAGUAAACUUUAUGCGGGGAAAGACAUAUCACAGGAGGUAUACUAAAUUCUACGGUACACAUGGAGACGCUGCGGCAAAUAUUGCGCAUGAUGCAAUCCUUGAACAUGGGCAAUGGGAGUCCCAGAUAGAAGCCUGGCAGAGACCUGUUCUUGAAGACAAGAGGCUUCCUGAAUGGUACCCUAUCACUCUCUUCAAUGAGCUCUAUUAUCUUAAUUCUGGGGGAACAGUUUGGACAGAUGGAUCACCUCCACUUUGCAGUUUGGUUAGCCUUGAAGAAAGAAAGUUCUCCCUUGAUAGGUUGAGAUCCCAUAUGGAGCGUUCAAUGGAUGUCACUUCUCAACCUGAUACUGCUGUUGAUAUUUUAGAAAGAAUGACCUCAGUCCUUGAGCUAGUACAUACUCCUGUCGCAUCUAAUUCUGCUUUUGGCACAAAUUUGCUUCAAGACGGAGAAGAAAAUGUUGGUCAAUUUCUUUAUCUAGAAGGAAUAGAAUAUCAUAUGUGGAACACCUAUGAUGUCCACUUUUAUUCUUCAUUUGCUCUAGUUAUGCUCUUUCCCAAACUCCAACUCAGUGUACAGCGGGACUUUGCAGCAGCAGUGAUGAUGCAUGAUCCUUCCAAGAUGCAACUCUUGAGCAAUGGACAAAGGGUCCCAAGAAAAGUCCUGGGAGCUGUUCCCCAUGAUAUUGGUAUCACUGAUCCAUGGUUUGAAGUAAACGCCUAUAAUCUAUAUGAUACAGAUAGGUGGAAGGACUUGAAUCCAAAAUUUGUUCUUCAAGUUUACAGGGAUGUGGUUGCCACUGGCGACAAAAAGUUUGCACAGGCUGUGUGGCCUUCUGUUUAUGUUGCGAUGGCUUACAUGGACCAAUUUGAUAGGGAUGGAGAUGGAAUGAUUGAGAACGAUGGGUUUCCUGAUCAGACAUAUGAUACAUGGUCUGUAUCUGGCGUGAGUGCGUACAGUGGUGGACUGUGGGUUGCAGCCCUUCAGGCUGCAUCUGCCCUGGCACAUGAAGUUGGUGACAAGGGUUCAGCGGCUUACUUCUGGUUCAAGUUUCAGAAGGCAAAAGUUGUUUAUGAGAAGCUAUGGAAUGGUUCUUACUUUAAUUAUGACAGCAGCAGCAGCAAACAAAGUUCAUCUAUACAGGCUGAUCAGUUGGCUGGCCAUUGGUAUGCUCGCGCCUGUGGUCUUCAUCCUAUUGUUGAUGAGUCUAAAGCUAAAAGUGCUUUGGGAAAAGUUUACAAUUAUAAUGUCUUAAAGUUUAAGGAUGGAAGAAGAGGGGCUAUGAAUGGAAUGUUGCCAGAUGGAAGUGUGGACAUGUCAUCAAUGCAAUCGAGAGAAAUUUGGCCCGGAGUUACAUAUGGUCUCGCUGCAACAAUGAUUCAAGAAGACAUGAUUGAUAUGGCAUUUCAGACGGCCAAUGGAAUAUAUGAAGCUGCAUGGUCAGAACAGGGACUUGGCUAUUCAUUUCAAACUCCUGAAGGUUGGAACGACAAUGACGAAUAUAGAUCUCUAGGUUAUAUGCGUCCUCUGGCCAUAUGGGCAAUGCAAUGGGCAUUAUCAAGGAGAAAUUCUUCCAGGCAGGAGAUGAAACCUGAAAUAAGUGAAGAAGAUUUGCUUCGACAGCAUGCGGGAUUCACCAAAGUGGCACGACUUCUGAAGCUGCCAGAAGUGGAAACAGCCAGAAGUCUCUUCCAGGUUGUAUAUGACUAUACUUGCAAGCGGAUGUGGAUGUGACACAAAUAAAACCCCAGAAUAAGUGAUCAUUUAUACAGCAAAUUGGUCUUAUCACAGUAAAUUGUCUAGAAUAUGAAUCGGCUGAAUAACUGGUAAGAGUAGAAGUGUAAUUACAAGUAUUUUCUGAUAAAAUUUUGAAUAGGCAAUAUCUUGUAGAUGCAUCCA